UGACGUGCAGCUUAUCCCUCAAUUUUAUUUAGUUAUUCUGUAAUAAUAACCACAAUGCGAAGCAUCGCACUUACAGCUGUAAUUUUCGUAAUUGCAACAAGCGCAAAUGAGGAAAGCGUUACCUUACCAUCUUUCCUGCGAGUUUGUCACCAAAGUGAUCCAAAAUUGAAUGAAUGCAUUAAGGAGGCGGUUCAGAAAAUCAAACCAUUACUUGCUGAUGGCUUACCGGAAUUCGACAUACCGAGCCUGGAACCCUUGCACAUAUCCGAAAUUCUGAUUGAUCAUGGUGCUGGAGCUCUUGCGCUAAAAUCCACGUAUACUGAUAUUAAAGUGUACGGACCCUCGCAAUUUGUGCUUAAAAGCGUGAAAAUUGAUCUGAAGAAGGAUCGUGUACGAUUAAAAUUGUGGUUACCUCACCUACGAGUCGUGAGCCAAUAUUCAAUGAACGGACGUAUGCUAAUGAUGCCAAUUUCCGGAAAAGGAGAAAGCUGUGGAAAUUACAGUAACAUUGAUGUCACGGUAACCUUGCAGGGGCAACGAAUCACUAAACACGGAGACGUGUACUUCAAUAUCAAAGAUUUUUAUGUUGAUUUCGUUCUUGGCCACGCGACAAUUAAGUUAGAGAAUUUAUUUAACGGCGACAAGCAUCUUGGUGAUACAAUGAACUCAUUCCUAAAUGAUAACUGGCAAAAUGUGGCCAAAGAGAUUAAGCCAGUUUUAGAAGAUAACGUUGCUAAGAUAUUCAAGAAGAUGGCUAACAGGAUAUUUAGUAAAUACCCCUUGAAUGUGAUCCUACCAGAUUAAGUGGGGCGUUGUAAAUAAAUCCCCAAACCUUUAAAAUAGUACUGCAUGUUGUUAUAACACUAGAUAUACGUAUUAGUAACUCAACUAAAAUAAUAUAUGGUCAUAUCAAGGUUUUCUGAAUGACCAGUGGUCCACCUUCUAUCUUCUAUUACACAUUUCAAUAAAAUUUAACCACUUAAUAAUUGUCCUUAGCUUAAAAAUUACUGUCAAAGAAAAUGAUGUCGUAUUCAUGUUCACCAAUGUAAUCAAUCGAGAUACUUAAAUGCCAACUCGUGGAAAGCUCAAAAGGUCGGAAUUGGAUGCAAUUGGAUUAAAACCAUAAGUGGGAUAUGUUGAUAUAAUGAACUAUUCAUAGUUGAAUAACACCCCAAAAAGAAACAUUGAAAAUUCACCAAAAAUUUUUGUCAUCAUGGGAUUUGAAGUACAAAGACGUAUUUUGAGUAUUUCCAAAUGCAAAUAUUUACUCUUUGACGGAACAAAUCUACGAAACAGUAAUCGCACUAUGAUCGCUGUCCACUUUUACAACAGCAGAAUAAACUGUUUACGAUUUUGAACCAAAACCACGACAUUUUGUCAUCAUGUCAAUAAUAAUAAUGAUUUGUUGGCGUAGUAAGAGCUAAUGCUUUUAAAGUAAGUACCUCUUCUUUAUUUUCUUUGUUUUUUUGUUUAGUUGAAUACUUUUUUUCUCCUCUAGUAAUACAUGCAGUAAUGGGGUUAAGUGGAAGAGCGGACUGUGGCAUUGCUGCAGU